UAUACGCAGACCCCCUGUCGGUGUGAAAUUUGAAAUCAGUUUCUCUAGGCUGCAUCCAUCCCUGUUCUGCAGUUAUGGCUGAGGGUGAGGCUUCACCAGCUGCGUCCGCAUCUCCUCCAGCUCUUCCAGCUCCUCCAGCUCCUCCAGCUCCUCCAGCUCCUCACCCGGCACUCCCCCAGGACGAGCCGGCAAUUGCUAUUGACCAUAAUGUGCGAUGCCAUGCCAGAUCCUCCACUGACGGUUGCUAACUGGCUGAUGUCUCCUUGUGCAAGAGGUUAGGCCCAGGCCGAGCAGGAAGAGAACGAUGAUGACACCGAUUCCCUGUAUGGCGGCUCGGUCGCCUCAUCGAGCGACUCCCUCCGCUCCUCGAUAAUGGCCUACGAGUUCGAGAACGGUCGUCGCUACCACGCCUACAAGGCCGGCGCGUACAUCCUGCCCAACGACGAGGAGGAGCAGGACCGUCUCGACCUCCAGCACCACAUCUACCUGUUCUGUCUCGGGGGUGAAUUGUACCUAGCUCCGAUCGAGAACCCGCUUCGGGUCCUCGACGUCGGCACCGGCACCGGGAUCUGGGCCAUUGACUUCGCGGAUGACCACCCGGAAGCACUGGUCAUCGGCACGGACCUGUCUCCCAUCCAGCCGAGUUUCGUGCCGCCUAACGUCAAGUUCUACGUGGACGAUUUCGAGCAGCCGUGGGAUUUCGAUGAGCGGGAGGAGUUCGACUACGUGCACUGGCGGUCGCUCUGUGGAAGCGUGAGCGAUUGGCCCAAGAUGUACGGACAAGCAUACAAGAGUCUGAAACCGGGUGGUUAUUUGGAGGUUCAUGAGUAUGAUGCUUGGAUCUUCAGCGAUGAUGAUCCGGACUUGGAGAAGGCGCCCUGGACUAGGGCUUGGCUGGAUGUGCUGGAGAGGACCAGUACGCAGCUCGGAAAGACGCUGAACGUUGGCCGUUUUCAGAAGCAGUGGAUGAUCGAUGCGGGAUUUCUCGACGUCAAAGAAAAGAUUUGCAAGGCCCCAAUGGGCCCCUGGGCUCGCGACCCAAAGCUCAAGGAACUGGGCAACCUGGAGCGGCUGCAUAUGAACGAGUCGGUCGAGGCGCACUCGAUGGCUCUCUACACGCGCGUGUUCCACUAUUCCAUGGAACAGGCAAAGGUCUCCUUCGCCAUGGUACGGAAGGAAUUCAACGACCCAGCCUUGCAUUUGUACACGGUAUAUCGGUUUAUAUACGGGCGGAAGCCAGAGACAUCAGAGAGCGUAUGAGUCUGACUCCUGUGUCCACCCUUUCAUUUGUUUCUUAUGAUGAUAGCAGCAACGACCAAUCUUCAUUCUGGAUAAAGUCCUCGAGACUCCUCAUCGGACAGUCAAUUCCCAACUAUGCAUAUAUGAUUAGCAAUACAAUCUUUGUCUUUAUCUGCAA